GUGACGUCACGGGAGGGGUGUGGUGACGCGAUGGCGGCGGGGCCGGGCUCCGGGAGAGUCCCCGCCCGGGGAGGGGCGGUGCGGGGCCGGGGCCGGGGCCGGGGCCGGGGCCGGGGCCCGGUGGCGGCGGCGGGCGGGGGCCAUGGCCAAGGCCUACGACCACCUCUUCAAGCUGCUGCUGAUCGGCGACAGCGGCGUGGGCAAGACCUGCCUCAUCAUCCGCUUCGCCGAGGACAACUUCACCAGCACCUACAUCUCCACCAUCGGGAUUGACUUCAAAAUCCGGACGGUGGACAUCGAUGGGAAGAAGAUCAAGCUGCAGGUCUGGGACACGGCAGGACAAGAGCGCUUCAAAACCAUCACCACUGCCUAUUACCGCGGAGCCGUGGGCAUCAUCCUGGUGUACGACAUCACCGAUAAGAAAUCCUUCGAGAAUAUCCAAAACUGGAUGAAAAGCAUCAAGGAGAACGCCUCUGCUGGGGUCGAGCGUCUCCUCAUCGGCAACAAGUGCGACAUGGAGGGCAAGCGGAAAGUGCAGCGGGACGAGGCUGAGAAGCUGGCGAAGGAGCACGGGAUCCGCUUCUUUGAGACCAGUGCCAAGUCCAGCGUGAACGUGGAGGAGGCCUUCAGCACGCUGGCACGGGACAUAUUGCAGAAAUCCUCCCGAAAAGCGGCGCCCAGCAGCAGCAGGGCCCCGCUGGAACCCGGCCCCCAGAGGAAGGCUGGGAGUAAAUGCGCCCUGGUGUAGGGCCGCCGGCCCCCCCGCCGCCGCCGCUCCCCCCGCCUGGCCCGGGGCGGUGCGGGCGCCUCUCC